AAUGGUUAGAUGAAAUUCAUCUUGAUGGGUUGUGGCUUGAUAUGAAUGAACCAGCAAGUUGGUGUAAAGGAGAAUGCACCAAUUUUGACUUUCAAAAGUUACCAAAUUUCAAGGAAAUCCGGGAAAAAAUAAAUCCUGAAAUCGUUUCUGUUUCUUCAACUCCCAACACUAAAACAAUUCGUAAUCUGAAUAAUCCACCUUAUAGAAUCAACAAUGGUGGUAAUAGAAUGUCAUUGAAUGAACUUACAUUAUCUAUGGACGCUGUUCAUUCAAAUGGAGCAGUUGAGUACGAUGUACACAAUUUAUACGGUCACAUGGAAUCGAAG